AUGCACGACUUUGAAGACGUGAGCUACUCGUACCCACACGGAGAGCCGCUGAGCGAGGCCUGCAGCGCCUGCCUCUGCUGGAGUGCUGCAGCGCAACCGCUGCGCUGCGAGGGCUGGCUCAGCAGGAUUCACAGCAUGAAGAGCAGAAAGUUCUCUCCCCGCGAGAGAUCGACGGCGUGCUUUCUGCUGCGCGCCUUCGCGCAGCGCGCGUCCGAUGCGAAUCACCGGCACUCGCAGCCGGCGCUCGACGGCGAGCCUUCUUUUGAGCAAGCGACCGCGCAGUGCCAACAGGUUGCACGCUCCGGCGCGUCGGCCUCCUCUGCUGCGCGCAUCGUGCGCCUCGCCAAGCUGCAAGCGGGACGACUGGUUGACGAGGCGGAUGCCUUGCGUCUGGUCGGGGCGGAGGCAUGCAACUCGUUCCACCUAUUUGACGAGCGGGAGCGCGUUCGAGGCAGCGCCAUGUACCCGGAGGCCGCGAUGAUCAACCACAGUUGCCUGCCGAACUGCGUCAUGACUGCCCACGGUCGGCAUCUCGCCCUCGAGUCCAUCUCCCCCAUAUCGCGCGGCGAGGAGCUCACGUACUGCUAUGUGCGCUCCUUUGAGGCGGGGAGCAAGGAAACCCUCGACCCGUGGGGCUUUGAGUGUGACUGCGUGAGGUGCGCUGGCACACAUCCCGAAGGAGGCGAGGGGCUGGAGGCCUUUGAUGCCAAGCACAAGUGCACUUGCGGCAAGAUUGUGAAAGCUACAAUGGCCCGUGUCGCCGCAGAGAGCGGACGCUGUCGCUGCCAUGCGCACAACACAACAAGCGGGUGA